AUGGGCCAAAGUUCCGUACGAUGCUGGAUCGGAGUUACGAUCGCCAUGCUUGUUGGAGUGCAUUUUGUGGAAGGACGAACUCAUCACCAUCAUCAUCUUAAUCUUGAGGAGCCGCUCCGAUAUAGUUACGGAAUAUAUACACCGAUGGGCUGGACCGUGUCCCUUUAUAUUUGGUACAUGGUCAAACUAGGGCUUAUUCUGGGAGUUCUUUUGGUGCUGCUAUUUGCCAAGAAGUGGGGCAACGGUCGUGAAGCGAUCGCUGUGGAAGGUGGUCCACAGUACUAUCAUCAUCGAUCGCUAGACAGCAACGAGUACAGUUUAUUGAAAGUUGCCAGCAGAAGGGAAGCAACUCUUUUCUGGAAGGAUCGAAUUGAGGCUAUUCGUGAGAAAAUUAAACGUUAG